AAAGGCGCUUUCUGAACAAUAACUAGUUAUCUAUGAAACAAUGCAGCGUAGUGUAAAGAAACCACAGGGUGUCAUUCUGUACAGUUGAGUGUACUCUAAUUGCUGAGUGUUGGAGAUAGGCUGGAGACAGACUGUUCCCUUUGAGCAUGUGGUCAUACCCACUUAGUACAAACUGAAUUCAAGCUUGUUGUGAUUUGUGGUUAAAGGAUGAAAUGUAGCUUCCUUGGCCUCAGUUAAAUUCACUUGUUUAGGCCCUCUUGAGCCAGUGAGAUUUCUCUGACCUUCAUUUUAACCUGUAACCAGUUAAUUAUUAACUCUGUUUUACUUAGCAUGUAAUUACCACUAAUUUCGUUUGACAGGAUACCUGCAGUUUCUGUAAAUCAACACUGGAACUCAGUUGGGACAUCAUCUCAAAUAAGAAAAGGUGCUCCUUGAAACCAUAACAAUUACAAGAAUGUUUUCUCUUCUGAGCAAAAUACCUUCAUCUGUAGAUUUCAUCUUACAGUGAGCACCCCUCCCAACCAAGAUGGAGUUUCGGGGCUGUUGAAAUGGAGAUAGGAAUGCAACUACACUUGAUAGCCCAGAUAACAGGAGGGCUGAGAAAGCCUGCUUAAAAGAUUCCAUUGUGUUAGAGGCAGCAGUGCCAGGGUCUGUUGUCCGUCAACAACAGUAACUAUGGCAGACAUGCAAGACUAAAUGUAGCAUCUUAUUUGACAAAAGGCUCCAUGAACAGGUGGUAUGCUCUUACACACAGCACUGACCCAGACUUGAUGUAGUGGUUUAUAAAGUGAUGAAAACUAAAUUAUACUAAUACUAAAUUUCAGACAAAGAUUUUGACCCUCAGAAGAUCCUGCUCAAGGCCAGUGGUUUUCAGUGUGGGGUAAAGGGACCUCCAGGGAUCCUCGAGGAGGUUCCAGGGGUCCUCCAGCAUGAUGGGCAAAUCUAUUUUCUUGUAUUUUACCCAUAGAAGCCAUACAUAUUUCUUACACGUUCUGUAAUAAAUCAUCUGCAGGUGAAAGUCUUAUCAGAUGGGGAACCCUCGAACAAAAUAUUAUUAAAAGGCGGUCCGUGGUCUAAUUUGUGUCAGUUUAGGGGUCCUAACCAUCGAUUUAGGCAAAAUUAAAAUUUCAAUUAAAAAUGAAAUUUUUUUGUAUAAUGAUUUGAACACUGAUGAUUUUAUCUAAUGGUUUGACUAAAAUGUAUCUUCAUAUUUGAUAUUCAUUGCACAUACUUUCAUUUAUGUGAAUUAAAUAAGUCUUGUCCUAUUUGUAACAGUGGCAACUAAAAAUAUAUGGCAACAAAAAAUAUCAGUUAUAGGUGAGUAGGUAAGUUGUUUCAGUGACUUGUUUGGUCACAUUGUCGAUAAUAACAGUAGUAUUUUAAAUGGCACUUCAGCAGGCUUUCAAAGUGACUGUAAAACAUUUUCAUUUUUUGUUCUACACUUAACUUGCACUUUAACUCUGUUUUAAGAGAUGGGUGAGGAGAUGGACUUUGCUUCCAUAAAACACAAAUAAAAACGUUUUAUGGAGAAGAAUACAGUUCCUACACUCAACCUUGAUACGUGAGCCACCAGACUCAACAAUGGCUCUCCUUGACUUCUGUACCUGGUGAAAAUUUCUUGCACCUGAGAAUGUGUUUCAUAGUAGAUAAGCUUAUCAGAGCAAAUGUGUCAAGUGUGUAUUACUUACACAUGACUUUCUUGCAUGACUUCAUAAUGGCUGCAUGCUUUACCUGAAAUUCCUGUGAAUCAUUUGUAAGAUAAGUGCACAUGUCUGAUCUUAUUUUUAAGUUUUAAUUCAGCUGAUUAACUUAAUUGCUUAUCAUGUCUGUUGUGCCAGUCCCAUAGUCCAUCUUUUACAGAAAACCAGGCAGGCACAGGGAGAACUUGCAAACUCCACAUAGAAGGGCCCAGACUGGGAUUCAGUGUUAUGUUAUUUUAUAUUUUAAGUCAAAUCUGCAUAUUAACAUGACACCAUAAAAAUGUAGGACCAGUAUUUUGUGCUUGGACCAGUAUUUUGGGCUUAGUCUAGUGUCUAUUACUACAUCCUCCUUGGAAUGCAUCUCCUACAGACAGUCAUCGUGCUCUGGAUUUUGCUCUCUUCCUGGCUGAGGUUGUCGUGACAGCAGAGAUGCUUACUCAUGAUGUGCUGUCUUUUCAUUCUCACUUGGUCUCCAUCUGUCUCAGUACUCUCCACCUUUAUGUAUCUACCUGCAUCAACAAAUGUGCCCACUGUUUUCCCAUAACAGGUUUAAAUAUUGUGUCUUCCUGUUUUCUCAGCAAUGUGGGUCCAUACUUCCUUUGUUCAGAUGGGUGUUUGUGUUCUCCUGCUCUCGCCCUGCAGAAAGCAUGCUCACUGCACCUUAAUGAAGUGUAAGAUCACAUUCACCCAGAGGCCUGUGCUGCGGCCCAACGCCACUCUGAGCAUGGUGGCCGAGAAGAUCAAGAAGAGUGGUAUGAACCUCAACCUCAGCACAUCCCAGGGGAACAUCUACGCAGGACCAAGUGACGUCCCCUGUGACUUCUGCUCUGGGAAGAAAUUAAAGGCUGUGAAAUCCUGUCUGAACUGUCUGGCGUCCUACUGCGAGAAGCACCUGAAGCCACACUACGAAUCAGCCACAUUCAAAAGGCACAAGCUGGUGGAUGAGCUGGGAAACCUGGACAGGAAGAUCUGCCCGCAGCACCAGAAGUCCCUGGAGCUCUUCUGUCGAACAGACCAGAUGUGUAUCUGUGCUCUUUGCACAGUCAGUGAACACAGGGGCCAUGACAUUGUCUCUGCUGAGGCAGAGAGGAGUGAGAAACAGAAACUCUUGGGAGUCUCUCAAGCUGAGAUUAGACAGAAAUGCCAGGAGAGGGUGAAGGAGCUGGAGGAGCUGAAGACUGCUGUGGAUUCACUCAAGAACUCAGCCCAGAGAGCCAUGGUGGAGAGCCAGAAGAUGUUCGAGGACAUGAUCCGCUCCAUUGAGAGGAUGAGGUCAGAGGUGACCAAGCUGAUUGGUAUCAACGAGAAAGCUGCUUUCAACCAGGCCGAGGCUUUGAUCGAACGGCUGGAACAAGAGAUUGAUGAACUGAAGAAAAAGGAGUCGGGCCUGAAGCAGCUGUACAGCACCGAGGAUCACAUCCACUUUUUGCAGAACUUCAACUACCUCUGCACCCCGACUGAUGAUGGCUUCAUACCCAAAGUGACAGUGAACCCAGACUUUUCCUUCGCGGCAGUCAGGAAAGCUGUGGCUGAGAUCAAGGAACGACUCGAGGAGUUUGGCCGAGAGGAGCUGCUUAAGAUCUCCAAGUCAGUGAAUGAGGUCCCCGUGUAUACAACAGAAAGUCGGACAUUGGACAGAAGGAGCAGAGGCAAAGAGAUGACAGUGGACAACACUCCUCCAGAACCAAAGAGCAGAGCAGAUUUUAUCAAAUACUUCUGUCAGCUGAAAUUGGACCCUAACACAGCCUACAAGGAGCUGUACAUCUCAGAAAACAGCAGAAAAGUCAUCCGCACCAGGGACCUGCAGCCCUACGGGGAAAACUCAGAGAGAUUCGACAGCUUCGCCCAGGUGCUUUGCCGGGAGGCCCUGUCCGGGGGCCGCUUCUACUGGGAGAUUGAGUGGAGCGGGGAGUUCUCCAUUGGAGUGGCCUACAGGAGCAUCAGCCGCAAGGGCAAAGGCUCACUGUGUCUGCUGGGCUACAACGACAAAUCCUGGAGUCUCCUCUGCUCUGACACAGGUUACUCUGCCUGGCACAACCGGGUGGACAAAGCCAUCAACGCCCCCCACUCCCCCAGGAUAGGUGUGUACCUGGACCACACUGCCGGUGUGCUGGCAUUUUAUAGCAUAGGCAACACCAUGACCCUCCUGCACAGGUUUGAGACCUCAUUUGUUGAGCCUCUCUAUCCAGGCUUUGGUGUCGGAACCUCAGUCAAGAUCUGCAAUGUCAAGUGAACACCAAUAUCUUAGUUCUCAUUUGAAAAUCUACAAUAUUUUUCCAUGUUUCUCAUAAUAUACAGCAAUGCUUUUGAAAUAUAUAUUUUUGCACCUAUACCAGACCACAUUAAUGAAGUUGUAUUGCUUAUUUUUGAAGAAAUCAGUUUCUCUCAAAUGUGUACAUAUUUGUUUCUAACUUUACACACCACGUAUUAUGGUUUGCAUUGUGCUGACAGAUCACAUAUGUUUUCUAAGACAUUAAUGGAAUACAUAAUUAGUACAUAAUCACAUAAGAACAAAUCAGAGAGAAGUGUUACCCUUUAUAGCAUCUGAUAAUAAGUGCUGGAUAAUAUUAAAACAUGUCAGUAUGUAAUAGAUGUCAGCCUUAAUGAGCUGUAAAUGUUACAUGUUCCCACUGAGAGCUGUUCCAUCACAUUUUUACACAAAUAUUACUUUAUAAAGUGUUAAGUGAUGUUAUUAUAAUUUAUAAUUAAUAGAACCUGAGAUAAUCCGGUUAUGACAUUCUUGAUCAUUAUCAUCAACGUAUAUCAUCAUUAUUGCAUAAUUAAUUUAGAUUGUAUUGCGAUCAGUAUUAGUAAUACAAUAAUGUUCAUGUUGGUGUAUUAAAAGACAUCACUAUUAUUUCAACACAUCUAGAAGAACAUUUCAUUGCAUUUCUUUUUGUCAUGUUUUGAUAUUAUUAUUGUCUUAUCAGUUGCUGAGUUACAUUACACCUUUUUUUUCACUUGAACUAACCCUUAUUUAAUUUCAUGUAUGUUUACUUAUAUAACGGACAACCAAAGCAUAACUGAUGUCAAGAAAAGACUUGUUUUGUAACAAAAUUAUUCAUCAAUAGUUCUAAAUAAAGAGCUAAAUGAAUGGA